AUGGCCACUAUCGUCUUCGUCCCGGGCGCAUGGAUCAUUCCAGCCUUUUAUCAACGUUUCCUCGAAGCUCUCACCAAGGCCGGGCAUCCUGUCCGCUCUGCUGGAUACCCGUCUCUGGACCCCGUGGAUCCCACGAGCGCAGACUGCAAAGCUGAUUCUGAUACCAUCGCCAGCGUCAUUCGUCCAAUCGUGGAAGACGAGGGCCGCGAUGUCCUUCUCGUCAUGCACUCCUAUGCAGGAAUGCCUGGACCUGCGGCUGCUAAGGGCCUCAGCAAAACAGAACGAAUGCAACAAGGCAAGUCUGGUGGCAUCGUGGGAAUGGUGUUCAUCGCAGCUUUCCUCGUUCCGGAAGGAUUAAGUUGUGCAGGACUGCAAGGAGGGAGUCUACCCCCGUGGAUUUUAUUGGACAAGCCAUACGACAAAGUGAACAUCCCCGACGACCCUGUUGGCAACUUUGCGGCCGAUGUUGAUCAGGAGGUGGCCCAAAAUCUGGCGGGUUACAUCCGGCCUCAUUCUACGUUGGCGUUCAACUCCCCGCAACCUGCUCCCGCGUGGGCAGACCAGGCAUAUGCCGGAAGAUUGGCCUUUAUUGUUCCUACCCUGGACAAUGCUGUUCCUGAGGGAGCCCAGCGUGCCAUGAUCGCCGCUACCCAGAAGGAUUGGAUUGUUGAGGAGAUGGUGUGCAGUCACUGUGCGCCGUUUCUGAAUCAGAUCGACGAGUGUGUCAGACUGCUGCAGGGGUUUCUCGGGGUGUUCGAGGGUAUGAAGAACUGA